CCGCCUCCCAGAGCAUGUGUAUAAUUGCCCAUAACUGAGUAGUUAGUAGGAGCUAGUGAACCAAGUCUACUCAUUGUUCUGCUCCCAGUGGAUCAAGCAGCAGAAACUGCUCUUGCUAUAUUUCUGGCGUCCAAUAUGCACUCCAAUUUCUGGCAGCUGUUUCUUGGAGAAAAAAAGAUGUGCGCUGUAUGCAAGAAAAUUAAAGCAUACCUUUUAAAUACAUUGGAAAGGAAACGAAUCAUUUGACUUUUAGAAGACAUUUGACCCUAUCAGAUAUCCAUGUCAUAUGAGUCCUGCAGUAGUCCUGAUGAGUUGCUGGGGUUUUUUUGUUUGUUAUAUCUUUAAUUUUAAUUGUGUUAAGUGAAAAGGAUUCAAGUUAUGGUUGUACAUUUAAACACUUUUUUUCCUGCUUAGCCAUUCACAAGUCACGAUGACUAAGUACAAGGAGAAUUUUACCUAUGGUUGGUUCAAAUUUGCCAGUGACAAGUCAACAAUGUAUGCUAUGACAUCUGAAUUCUGAUCCAGCACACUCAGAUUAUAUGGCAGCUUCAAAGUUAGGUUGCUAGUGAUCUCUUCAUUUUGGUCAGCAUUUGUCUAAUUAUUUUCUUCCCUCUUCUUUUUCAUAAACUCCCAGUCUUGCACCAAUUAAAGUCAGUGUAAGAGUUGUCAUUGACUUCAGAAGGAGCAGGAUGUUAUAUGUUUCCUUAACGUAUCAUGGAUAGUUCAAUGGCUAUACUGGAAUUUGAAAGAGCAUUAGAGCCUCUCUUGGAAGAACUGCUUUUAAACCUGAAUUUGGCUAACUUGGUUUAAAUUUUAGGUUAGAUGUAUUUGUUCUUAAGAAACUGAUGCAUGGAUAAUACUACUACUAAUUAUUAGUAUUACUAGUAGUAUUUUAAUUGUUUCUUUUAAUAGCUCAACAGGAGUGGACUUUUAUUUAUUUUUUUUGGCUUUACAGGUUCUAGAUGGAGCAGGAUUAGAUAUUGACUUUCACCUACAAUCUCCAAAAGGUGUCACCCUCAUUUUUGAUCAGAGAAAAUCUGAUGGAGUCCAUACCGUGGAAGCAGAAGAUGGAGAUUACAUGUUCUGCUUUGACAACACAUUCAGUACCAUUUCAGAAAAGGUGAUUUUCUUUGAACUGAUCCUAGAUAAUGUGGGGGAAGAAGGACAAGACCAAGAAGACUGGAAAAAGUACAUUACAGGCACAGAUCUGCUAGAUAUGAAACUAGAAGAUAUUCUGGAAUCCAUCAACAGUGUCAAGGCAAGGUUAAGCAGAAGUGUCCAGAUUCAGACGCUACUCAAAGCAUUUGAAGCUCGCGAUCGCAAUAUACAAGAAAGCAACUUUGACAGAGUGAAUUUCUGGUCCAUGGUCAACUUGGGAGUUAUGGUGGUAGUGUCAGCUGUUCAGGUUUACAUGCUGAAAAGUCUUUUUGAAGAUAAGAGAAAAAGUAGAACUUAAUAUCUACCAUCCGUGUACAUAAUACACGGAGAGAGGAAAACGCAGUAAACCGCUACAGAAAAAUGAGUGUUACCUCCAUCUUGUUUUGAAAAGGCACUAUACUUAACAAACAGGUUCUUCAUUUACAUGCAACUUUUUUAACAUGAACAAAAUGCCUUUUCUACAACCCUUCUAUCUCUGCAAGUGCUACUAACAACAGCAAGAUUUUAAGCUGGUUGCAUUUAUCAAUAACUUUUUACUAGAUUAUGCAUAAUGCACAGGAUGUUGGAACAAAUGCAAAGUAAUGUUGAUACCUGCUAUAUAAUCAUAUUUCCAUAAUCACUUGAAAAAUCUUUCUAUGCCAACAUCAAUACUAAUAGGGUGGGGGUUGCUUUUUUUUUUUAAAUAUCUGAAUUGAGUGAAGUUACACAUGUGCCUAACUGUUUGCAGGUUUGGUGUGCAAAUUAGUAACCUGUAAUUAUUGUCAGUUGACUUCAAGGAUGUAAAUGUGUAAAUUUUCCUCCAACUACUGAAGAGGAGUGUUUUUACUGUACAACUUAAUGCAGAAACACUGGACUGACACUUGCAAAAUAGUUCAUUUUUUUCUCUCACUUUUGUAUACAAAUGACUGACAUCAGCACUUUAAAGAAACAUGGUCAAUGUGAAAUCUAUUUUUUAACUAAUUAAAAGUAGUUCAUAGCUACAAAGCUUACCGCCUCAGUCCUUUUGUCAGUUUUUGUGGUUUUUACAAUCCUGUUUUUGUUAUUGUUGCUGUAUCAGAAAUCUAUACAAACAAGUGAAACUGCCUGCCUGAAGUACAGUCAGAUGCACAAAAUAAGCCAAUUGAAAUGCAGCGUAUAAUUUUAGUUAUGUAAUCGUAACUACUUUUAAUACCAUACUUUUGGUUCAAGUUAGUUUUCUCAGGCAACUCUGUUCCUUCAAUAGUGCUUAAGGGUAAAAUUCUUUGGAAAUGUUACCUUGACAUUAAAUGUUUAUAUGCUUUUAAAAUCUAUUUUUGUUGUUUUUUUAUUUACUGGUUUUGCUAAGACUUGCUAAAAGGUUAAGCAAAGUAAUGCUGCAAUGAAUAGGGUAGCAGAUCACAAAUGGCAAAACUCUAAAGUUCAGUAAAAUCCUUUCCUACUCCCUAUACGCAGAAACAGCAAAUCUUUAGUUGUGCAUCUAUUCUUAUAGCCUACUCAUAUGUGUAGGCUGUUUGCAUUGACAAAGUCAUCUGAAAGUAGCCAACAGGAUUCAGGUCUACAUUUUGGGAUUAAGUUCAUAGCAUAAAAGUUAAGAAAUACUUGGUCAUCUCUCAAUAACUAUGCAAAUGGCUUGCAUCAAAGAUAGAAUUUUCUGAUGUUCAGGGAAUAGAAAAUAGAAGUCUCAGAUGUGUAUCUAUUUUCUGUCAUAAUAUCAGAUCAAGUUUAUUUUCUUUUAAAAAAUGUAAGAGGAAUUUUUUUAAAAUUUUUAAAUCAAAACAAUACUGUGUCUACAUGACAUCAUCUAUGAGCUAGCUCAAGAAAUACGAUAGUGUGGACACAUUAUUCCAGGAGUGCUGUGCUUUGCUUCAUGUAAAUAAAUUUUUUUUUUUUUAAGAAAAAAUAAGGCAUACCCUGUAGUACUCCAGUGCCCACAGAACCAUUUUCUUACUGACCCCUUUUUGUGAAGCUGUGACUGAUAAAUCUGGUGUUAAGCUACUGUGUUCUAGUUCUCAACUGAAUUAGUUGAUAGAAAAAGCUUUUCUAUUAUUAUGUAGUCACCAUGACAAUAUCUUGGGCUCAUUGACAAAAUCUAGCAUGUGUGUUUUGUUAAUAAAAAAAAUAGAUCAGUGGUCACGAUGGAUGAAGGAUUUGGUGUUCAAACAUGGACAAAAAGCUUUUGAGGAGUAAUGUGUUUUUGUAUAAAAUGUACAAAUCAAUGGUUAUUUAUGCAAAUAAGGGAACAUAAAUGAGACUGGUUGAUUGUUUUUAUUUUAAAGUAAGUAUUAAACAGUUAAGACCUUUUGAAUAAAAUUAUGCAGAAACAUGGUAGAUUUACAAUAAAAUGGAGGUUAAACUUGUGUUUGUGUACUUGUAACAUUUGUAGGAAGAGCACUGCAUCUCUGUGCUUUUUACUCUUGUGGUUUGAUCCCAGAAGGGAUCAAGCAGCAUAAGUUUCUGAUGACUCCAGUAAGCAUUAAGGGUAUACAGCAGACAACAGUAAUGUUCAGUAUCUUGCAAGACUGAGCAAGUUUUGUAAUACUAGCAUGCAGGCCAAUUGCUCAGUAAUGCUUUAUGACUUGGGCAAUAUUACAAUUCAAGUCAGUACAAAGACUGGACUGCCCAAAUUUUUGUUUUGUUAACAAAGCAAGUGUCACUUCACAUCUCCAAGUCGGGGGUCAGCAACCAAUGGUCCAUGGGCCAGAUCCAGCACAGCAGGCUUGUUCUCAGGGAGCUGUGCCCCUCCACUACAGUUCUGCAGUGUCUGAGCUUUCCCCUUACUGCAGAAAAGUUAGGAAUCUGGUAGCCAGUCACUGGAAGGAGAGGAGGGGUGGAGAUGUUUGGCCUGCAAUCAGCUGGUUCAUACACAGGCAAAAGACGGCCAAACCCUGCUCUAAAUAGUAAUACUUGUUAGUAUCAGGUGAGUGGCAAUAGAUAAAGGAAUUAAAUCUGUGAUGAUAAUGAAGUAUCAAAUGUUAUUAAACAUUUUACCAAAAUUGAAUUAUGUAACAAGGGAGUAUUGUAAAUGUUACAAUUCUUUUCUUAAAAGAUCUCUCCUACAAAUGUGGUAAAUCAAAUGCUACUCAAAAAGACAUCAGGUAUCCACAUUGUAGCCAUAUUGGUCUAGAGGAAAAGGCAAUCAGAACUCAUAGUAGAGAUGAUAUCUUUUAUUAGACCAACAAGAUUUUUGCAACAAAAAAAAAAUUAAGGUAUGUAAGUUCUCUUUUGAACCUAUGUAAUAUACGAAAAAAACCAACAACACUACUGAAGGAACAGCUAAAACUUUUAAGUUUCCAUAUUCAUUAAAUAUUACUUAUCAUCUGACUAUAUAUGUGAGCCAGUAUCAGGAGCAGCAUGUUUUCUGAAAAUAUUAGGGGCACAAGGAAACAUAGCACCUUAUUCUGUCAUUUUAACUUCACCUUAACCAUAGAACAAAGUCCAGUAAUAUUUUAGGGGCAAGGGAAGUGAAAAGUGCUUCCCCACUGUUUUCCUUCUUACCUCUUAGCUUUCAUUGGUUCAAGGUGGUGUACAUUAUAAAUAUCACUAAGAUGAGACCCUACUUGUUUCAAGAUUGCCAAUAGACAAAACAAUGGGGAACAAGAGUAACGAACAUUAUUCUAUAUUAUAGUAAUAUGGCAGGAUGUCAUCUUUUGUUAAAUGAACUGAAAACAAUAAUUCAUGCCAACAGAAAUAAAUCACUGACCCUUUCCUCUGUUCCCUUUACCAUGCAAGAAUACAGAAACAUUGUGACAUUCUGAGCUAGCAAUCUGCAUGUGAUUGAGCAUAUUUCUGUCCCCCCCCCCCCCAAAAUAGGCAAUAUGGCAUCUACGAUCUGUUGUGGAAAAGCUUCUCCUAUUAUUCAUUUCCAUUAAACUGCAUGAAUGUGAAAGUGAACUAUUUUUCUGCAACUGUUAAAGAUGAAUUCCCAAGUUUCCAAAGCAGAGUACAUUAUACACUUCUACUGGGAGGGUUUACGGACAACUUAAGUGUGCAAAUAUGGUGACCAUAAAAUAAUAAAAAAUGAAAUGUUUAUGCUCCAUAAAACAGCUCAAUUCCUGCAUGAAGGAGUGGGGGGAGGGGUGGAUGAUGACAAAAGAGGAACCAGAUCCUCAGCUGAGUUGUUAAAAAUCAGAUUUUUAAUUUAGACUAAAAUCCUGCAGUUUCUAAGUCUGCCAGCUGCUCCCCAACCUGCUUCUCACUUCAGAGUUCUAGUGUGGGACACUUGACAGCCUGUCUCCUUCCCAGGCAGGAGAGGGCAGGCUGUCAAUGAAUGGGCUACUACAACGGUGGAGGUAGCCUAGGGAGCAACCCUUUAGUACUCCUUGGCUAGAGACCUUGCCUAUGAAGCUCUCCAGCCAUGGAGCUGGAGGAAUAUCUAUACAGUCCAGCUCUCAGGCUAUUUUUCUACCAAAAGAAAUUUCUUCUGGUAAAAAUUUACAUCUGUACAUAGUCAUAGUCUAAAACUUCAAAGCUGAGUGACCCUGGGAGAACUUUGAAGAGGCUACUGUUGGGUCAGGUUGUUGCUGAAAGACUCAGAACUUUGAGCAAAGAACUCUUUGCUGGUGGUUUGAUGCUUCCUGUCUUCAAGAAAGUAAGAUUUUGUAUUUGUUUUAUCUAUAAGAAAGUACAAAGGGAACCAAGUUUCACGUCAACCUAUUUUGAGGAAAGCAAUUUUCAGACACCAACAAUGGUCUACUAUUUGUAUAGCUAUUAAUUGCCUCCAGAACCUUUGGACUACAAAACUUCUCUCCAGAGAACAUAAACCACUGAUCCGCAUACAGAAAAAGAA